UGCUUUAGUUUAUUCAAAAUCAUUGAAAGAUGCGCUACGGGCUGCUGUUUGCAAUUACCUUGGCUUGUUUGAGCCUUGCUAGUGCAUUGACUGCAAAAGAUGUGCAACUUAUAGCUGAAAUAAAGCAGGCUACCGAGCAGGCGAACCAACAAUUGCUGCAAGGCCAUCUCAAGUUCCUUAUACAGGUAAAUGAAUACAUCGCAGGUUCGCAGGUUGUGGAUCAGUCGAUAAUACGACAAUUACGCUCCCAAAAACUUCGAGCGGAGGCAAAACUUGCAAUGCAUCGUUUAAAGGAAUCGGAUCUGGAUGAAAUUUUAGAUGAAUGGGAGAGAAUCUUAGAUGUGAAUAAUAUAAAUGGAGACCAGAGAAGGGAGCGAAUUUUUUUAUACCUAAAGGACAAAUAUGGUGACAUAUUUAACAUGAAUGAACAAAGGCUGCAGAGGCAAAUUCAGGUAUUCACUUAUGCAAUAAAUCCAAAAAUUAGAGAGCUCAGCAAGUCUGCGCAACAAAGCGAACACGAACUAAUUACAUCAUUUAAUAAUGUUGCCUAUGCGGGUCUUGUAAGCCCGGAAGAGUCAUUUACUGACUUCGUAACAGUUAUGAAUAAAUAUUAAAUUUUAUUAUACAAAAAAAGAAACUGGCUUACUCAAUAAGCAACGAGUGCAAUCUUUGUGUAUGAGAUCGAGUGUUAAAGGUUAUCAAGAGUUGUAAGCUCUUAGCACAAUUAAAGUAAAGAGCAGCUAUAAGCUAGUGAAUAUG